GAGAAACACUUUCAUGACUAAUUUGUGAAGAAUUAUAAUUGACUUUGAUUUCCUUUUUCAUUGUUUUUGUUUUUCAAACGGAAGUCCUCAAAAGAAGGGUUUCCUCAUGAAAACAGGGCAUCCAAUCCAAGACUGCCGUAAAACCACGAAAAGAAUCAAGGCCAAUUGCCAAUUGCCAAUUGCCAAUUGCCAAUUGCAAAGAGCAGAGCAACCCCAUGGCUUUUAUUAUUAUUAGCAGCCUCGGCCUCGGUCGCAGCCUCCCGCGUUCUCUCACUUUUUCCCAAAAGUAGUGUAGAUUAAUUCUUUUAAAGGGACGAAACGGGAGCCCGAUUCAUUGACGUCUCAACGCCUCCUGUCUUCUAGCUUCCCUCAACACAGCACCAUCCCUCCCUCCCUCCCCGUCUCUCUCUCGGUGUGACCGAAGCUUCUGUAACUAGCUGAAUAUUCAGCCGAGACUUUGCAAUCUCUCUCUCUCUCUCUCUCUCUCUCUCUCCCCUUUGGACAUGUUGAAGCUGUGGAAAUGGUACCAGAAUUGUUUGGCGGUUCAUCCGGUUAAGACGCAGAUUAUCAGCUCGGGAGUUAUCUGGGGAUUUGGUGAUGUUGCAGCUCAGACCGUCACUCACACGACAGCCCGGAGACGCAGUCAAAUUCCUGAUGAAGAUAAAGAACUAAAGAUCAACUGGAAACGAGUGGCUACUACAAGCUUGUUUGGAUUUGGAUUUGUUGGACCUGUUGGCCACUUCUGGUAUGAAGCUUUGGACCGAGUUAUAAGAUUGCGACUUAGGUUGCAACCAAACUCGUUUCGGUUUGUAGCUACUAAGGUAGCUGUCGAUGGGAUCAUUUUUGGGCCCUUGGAUUUGCUUGUGUUCUUCAGUUACAUGGGCUUUUCUACAGGAAAAAGUGUUGCUCAAGUUAAGCAAGAUGUGAAGAGGGAUUUUUUACCGGCCUUGAUUUUAGAGGGUGGAGUAUGGCCAAUUGUUCAGGUUGCUAAUUUCCGAUUUAUUCCUGUGAGAUACCAACUCCUCUAUGUCAACUUCUUUUGCCUGUUGGAUAGCUGUUUCCUAUCAUGGGUGGAGCAACAAGAGGAUGCUCCUUGGAAGCAAUGGAUCAAAUCUGUUCUGGCUUUGAAAGAAAAAGAAGGUCAAGGUGGAUGAUUGACCCUUCCCAAGUGUUAUUUUGGCAUUCUCUCCAGUUCUCUCAGCUGUUAUAAGGAAAAUACUUCUCAAGAAUUACGAAGUUGCGGAAAAAAAAAACCUAAAAUGCCAACUAGGGUUUUAAAAGUCGGGAUUUGAGCAAGUGUUGGUGAAGCUGCUCUCAUGCUUCUCUGAUUUUCAAAGAGAAUGCAAGGAAAUUGACAUUAAAUGCUUUAAACCCAUUUUUUAAUAAUGAUUUUGUGACUAUAUGCCUUUUCAGGUUGUGAGAUUUUACCAGGUCGCGUAUCAAAUCUAUUGGAAGUACCAUCAAAUGGGUUUUCUAAUGUCUCUUUCUUUCCCUUUUUUUUUUGCCCCCUUCAACAUUCAACUCUCAAAUACUCAUGUAAAGUGUCAUUGGACAGGAGAAUUUUAAUCCCUUUCCUUUUUACCUUACUUUUUGUUAUCAGUGCAAGCAGAAAUUCUUCUUUGCACAAAAA